AUGCCGGGCCUCAUGCAGAUGCUGCAGAAGCUGAAGAAGAACGACGACGACUGCAAAAUCCUCGUGCUCGGCCUCGACAACGCCGGCAAGACGACGAUCCUCCGGCAGCUCGGCAAGGAGGACCUGUCGCAGGUGCGGCCGACGCAGGGCUUCAACAUGCAGCUGCUCCAGCACGGGCCCUACACGCUCAACUGCUGGGACAUCGGCGGGCAGAAGUCGAUCCGCGCGUACUGGCGCAACUACUACGACAAGACGGAGGGCCUCGUCUACGUCAUCGACUCGGCGGACACGCAGCGCCUCGAGGAGACGUCCAUCGAGCUCGGCCAGCUCCUCGCGGACCCGAAGCUCGAGAACACGCCGCUUCUCGUCUUCGCGAACAAGCAGGACCUCAUCAACGCCGCGGAGGUCGAGGAGAUCGUCUCCGUGCUCGACCUCAAGCAAAUACGCGUGCGGCCCUGGCACAUCCAGCCCUGCAACGCCCGGGAGGGCGACGGCCUCGCCGAGGGCAUGGAGUGGCUCGUCACGGAGGUCAACGCCAUGGAGUAA